GGCGAGGCGGAGGAGAGCCGUGCGCAGCGGCGUGUGUGGGGCCGUGUGCAGACCCGCGUGUGGCGCAGGCGAGGACCCUGAAAAUAAACAGCCGCUGCCUCGCGAGUCGCCUUCUCGGCCUGCGUCCGAGUCUCCGCCGCUGCUGGCCUCUCCGACGGUGAAGGAGUGAGAGUUUCUUUUAAGAAUUGCUGGCUUCUUUCCUCUUCCCAGCCUUCUGACAAUCUGGCUGCAGCCAUGAGCAGUAAUGAAUGCUUCAAGUGUGGACGAUCUGGCCACUGGGCCCGGGAGUGCCCCACUGGUGGGGGCCGUGGUCGUGGAAUGAGAAGCCGUGGCAGAGGUGGUUUUACCUCGGAUAGAGGUUUCCAGUUUGUUUCCUCGUCUCUUCCAGACAUCUGUUACCGCUGUGGUGAGUCUGGUCACCUUGCCAAGGAUUGUGAUCUUCAGGAGGAUGAAGCCUGCUAUAACUGCGGCCGAGGAGGCCACAUUGCCAAGGACUGCAAGGAGCCCAAGAGGGAGCGAGAGCAGUGCUGCUACAACUGCGGCAAACCCGGCCACCUGGCCCGGGACUGCGACCAUGCCGACGAGCAGAAGUGCUAUUCCUGCGGCGAGUUCGGGCACAUUCAGAAAGACUGCACCAAAGUGAAGUGCUACAGGUGUGGCGAGACUGGUCAUGUAGCCAUCAACUGCAGCAAGACGAGUGAAGUCAACUGUUACCGCUGUGGCGAGUCAGGGCACCUUGCACGGGAGUGCACGAUCGAGGCCACGGCUUAAUUACUGUCCUCUGUCGCCCCUCCUUUUCUGAUUGAAUCCUCUUCACUGGCCAAAGGUUGGCAGAUAGAGGCUACUCCCAGGCCAGUGAGCUUUACUUGCCGUGUAAAAGGAGGAAAGGGGUGGAAAAAAACCGACUUCCUGCAUUUAACUACAAAAAAAAGUUUAUGUUUAGUUUGGUAGAGGUGUUAUGUAUAAUGCUUUGUUAAAGAACCCCCUUUCCGCGCCACUGGUGAAUAGGGAUUGAUGAAUGGGAAGAGUUGAGUCAGACCAGUAAGCCCGUUCUGGGUUUCUCAAAUAUGUUCCCAUGUAGGAGGUAAAAACCAAUCCUGGAAGUGUCCAUGAGCUUCCAUAAGUAACUUUAAUUUUAGCAUAAUGACUGCCUUGGAUUGUCUGACCUCAGUAGCUGUUAAAUAACAUCAAGUAACAUCUGUAUCAGGCCCUACAUAGGACAUACAGUUGACUGGGAGUAAACAAAAUAAAAACCAAACAUGCGUGUUAACGGCUGUGCGAGAAAACUUGGGAUAAAAGCCUGAACAGGAACAACUUCCCCGCAGCGUUGAUGCUGGGUAAACAGAUGGCGAUGGCAAAGGUGUAGAACACAUUUUUUCAAAGACUAAAUCUAAAACCCAGAGUAAACAUCUAUGCUCAGAGCUAGCAUAAUUUGGAGCUAUUCAGGAAUUGCAGAGAAAUGCAUUUUCACAGAAAUCAAGAUGUUAUUUUUGUAUACUAUAUCACUUAGACAACUGUGUUUCAUUUGCUGUAAUCAGUUUUUAAAAGUCAGAUGGAAAAAGCAACUGAAGUCCUAGAAAAUAGAAAUGUAAUUUUAAACUAUCCAAUAAAGCUGGAGGAGGAAGGGGA